AUGGAAAGUAAUAAUUUGGAUCGUGAAUUAAUUGGGUUAUUGUUUCCUGGAAUCGUGAAAAAUGACGACAAAGCUAUUGCCUGUUUAGGUGGAAUAAGGAACAUAUCGAGUGUUUAUAGCAAUGCUGGGAGAAAACGCUUGGGAUUGUCUUUCCAACCAGAAAAUCCAUUUGUAAGGAAGAUAUAUGGCUCUUCCAAGAGAGCAGCCGGAGUACUUAUGAAAGUUAAAGUUAAGAAAGUGAAGGAAGGCGAUGUAGUAAAGAGGGAAGUUAUUUCAACAUCUGUGGUUGGAUGUGUUAAAACUAUGUUUAGGUUUGAAUCAAUGUGUGACUUCCAAUAUUUGCCCGUACACAGAGAGACUAGUGAUGGCCCUAUGACUUGUGAUCUAGAGAAAUAUUUACCUUGUGGGACAGAUACAAUAGAUUUCAUGCUUCAACCUGCCCCGUUAUUUUUAAUUCCCUCAAGCUUCACUAGGUUUGAGAAACCAAUUGGUUAUGCCUAUACAGACAAGAAAUACCCAGAACGGGCUUCUCCAGAUCAUGAUAGAGAAAGUGUUCACAACAAAAUUAGGACUUUGAGAGGAGCACAAGUGACCCCAUAUAUAUUUAAUUUGAUUGAUGACUUGCCAGCUGGACCACAUGAAGUAUAUUUGAAACAGAGAGAACAGAGACUUGAGUGCCAGCCAACAUUAAAUCAAGAGUUUGAUAUUGUUAAAAAACUCCUAGAAGAGAGACCAAUAAUGUCACUGAACUUAAUAAGGUAUCAUACAAAGCUGAGGCUGGUGUCUCUGAAAGUGAUUAUGCCUUGUCUUGCUGUGUACAUGAAGACUGGCCCCUGGAGGUCAAUGUGGGUGCGGUAUGGAUAUGAUCCUAGAAAGGAUCCUGGCUCUAGGAAAUAUCAGACAUUGGACUUCAGGUUAAGACAUGCAGCGGGCGUGAGGUCCAUGAUAAUGUCUCGUGACGAAACGUUGGACCGCGAGCGACAGCCAAAGAGGAAGUUCGCGGAGGCUGCGUCGGUGAACGAGGACAUUGGCGAGGGGACCGUGUACUUCCGACCAGGAAUCACGCCCACACAGCGGCAUAUAUUCUACCAGUACUGCGACAUCCAAAUACCUGAAGUGGAAGAGAUCCUGGCAGUGGAGCCGCCGCCGGGGUACAUGUGCCAUCUGAAGCGGGGCUGGCUGCCGGCCAACACGGACGAGAUCUGUCGCGACCAUAUGUUCCGAUACGUCAAGGAUACGCUGUUCAAUAGUACCAACCCUGAAUUGAAGUUUGAGGCACCCAGCGGCAGUGAUAGUGAAUCCAACUCAGAGGACGACACUGCUGUUAACGAUGUAGAUGAUAUUGAUGAUAGUAAAUAA